GGGCCUCUGAAACAGUACAUACAAAUUUUGUAAACAAAAGAAAUGCAGCUAAGAGAAUCCAACAAUAGCCCCCCUCAACCUCUUGAUCAAUAACAUCCUUAUCCAUUUCAUUUAUAGCUCUCAUCGCCACUUUGUCUUGUUCUUCAUCACCAUCACAACCCCUCUUCAUCUUUCUCCACAAUUUAUACUCAUAUAGUCCAUUUCCGUAUCAUUUUUGUGAUGGGUUUAUCUUUAUCUUGAUCUUAUCUGCUUCUGUUGUUACUCAUCUCUACUGGGUACUGAAAAGAUUCAAUCUUUAAUGUAAAGAUUGAAUCUUUCUCUUGUGGGUAUUGUAAAGAGUGAAUCUUUUUGAGAUUUGAGUGACAAUGGGGGAGAUUUUUGAAAGAAGCAGAGUGGUUGAUGUUGUUGGGGAGGUUUUGUCUAUGAUUGGGCCUUUUGGGGUUGCUGUUUCCAUUGGGGUUUUGAUUGGGUGGGUGUGGAAACCAAAUUUUCCUACUUUGGUUGAGUACUUUUCGAAGUCUUCGUCAAAGCAUUCUUGGCCCUCCCCUAUUAUUAACUUUAGUUCAUUCAAACUGCAAUUACCCACUUUUAUGACCCUUUCUGAUGAUGAGAGACAAUGUGAUGAUCCAUCUCUGCAGGCCUCUUUAUCCACUUCUGACUGCAGUGAGAGUACAGGGAAUUUGACACUUGAUGACUUGGAGCAUUUAUGCCGAAUUGUUGAGGAAAAAGAUGGAGGCCCUGCUUGGUUUCAGGUGAUGGAUCGUUCUGCACCAAACAUGACAUAUCAAGCUUGGCGGAGAGAUCCUGAGACUGGUCCUCCACAAUAUCGUUCGCGCACUGUAUAUGAGGAUGUAACCCCUGAAUUGGCGAGGGAUUUUUUUUGGGAUGAUGAAUUUCGACUUAAGUGGGAUGACAUGGUCAUCGAAGCUGAAACUUUGGAAGAGUGCCCUACCACGGGUACCAUGGUGGUUAGAUGGGUUCGCAAGUUUCCCUUCUUCUGUAGCGAUAGAGAAUAUGUUAUUGGGCGUCGAAUAUGGGAGUCUGGAAGAUCUUACUAUUGUGUUACCAAGGGUGUGCCCAACACAGUGCCAAGACACAAGAAACCAAGACGAGUUGAUCUAUUCUAUUCAAGUUGGUGCAUUCGAGCAGUUAAAUCGGCGAGAGGGGAUGACCAGCUGACUUCUUGCGAGGUUUUACUCUUUCACCAUGAAGACAUGGGUAUACCUUGGGAAAUUGCAAAACUUGGAGUCCGACAAGGUAUGUGGGGAGCUGUUAAAAAGAUAGACCGCGGCUUGCGUGCAUACCAGAGAGAGAGAGGAUCAGGAGCCGCGCUUUCACGAUGUGCUUUCAUGGCCCAAAUCAACACAAAGGUCAGUGCAGACUAUCUAAGAUAUUUGGAGGGCACAAGAAGUUCAUCGGAUGAUGAGACCCUUGAUGUGGCAGAGAAGCCUUCAAAGAGGAGCAUACAGAAAGUUCUAAUAGUUGGUGGGGCAGUUGCCCUUGCUUGCAGUCUUGACCGAGGACUUGUAACAAAGGCUGUUAUAUUCGGGUUGGCCAGAAGGUUUGUGAAAAUCGGGAGGAGAAUAUAGAGCAGGAUGCUUUGGCAUCUAAUGAUCCUAGAAGAGUCCUUAUAGCCUGAGGGAUGAAGGAAAUAUAUAGAGGCUGGAUGUGCAUGUUCUUAUAGAGUGUUGCAUUUUCUAAUUAUAAAAUUGUUUAAUUUCAGGUCACUUUUGUUUAAUCCAUUCUGCAGCUAAAGGUGAGGAAAAGAGAAUAUAACAUAUAGGUGUACUUGUAAACAUGAAAGAAUCUCAUGCUGCAAAAUAACAAGCAUAUUUCAUUUCUUCUUUUGUUUA